UGUGAAUGGACGAAUGUCUUGAUACAUGCGUCAACUUCCGAACCCGAGAGGCGUACUCACUCCCUAUGGAAGAUCCAGAUCCGCGAGGGGCAGAGCCUGGAGAUAUAUAAGGACCCCUCAGACCGACUGACAUCCUCCAUUCACAAACACAUCUACUCAACAAUCAGCCUCACCAGCUCCCACACCACUCAACAACACACCACUCCCAACCAAAACAAACCACACCAAACACACUAGCAAUGUUCGCCCGAUCUCUUCUCCGAACUGCCUCCACUACCAUGCCUGCUGCGAGGACCAUGACUACUCGCAAGGCUUCCACCAUGUCUUACGAGCAGAACGGCAUCACUCACCAAAUGGGGGCCUUCUUCAAGAAGAACGGUGUUCCAGUUGAUGCUUACCCCAUCGUCUUCAUCACUCUCUUCAUGGCUUCCGCUGGCACUUUCAUGCUCUCCAAACACAUCAGGGAAGACCGUGAUCACCUUCGAUGGAUGCCCCGUCAAGGUGGCUACAAGUUUCAGCUUCCCGCCGACAAGUAACCAACUCCCUUCUAGCAAUGAUAGUGCAUCAGAGCUGAAGAGUGCGGGUGAAAGUCGGGGUUGCAGUAGCCAUAGCAUUAGCAAUUAUAAUCAUAGUAGUCAUUUCUCUAUCUCGGAUGGUAUCUCGGGCGACGUCGACAUUGUAGGAUUAUUGUACAACUUACAUGAUAUGUGAUGAAUUUUUUGGGCCCAACAA